GCGGCGGGCAGGCCGGGGACCCGGACGCGAGCGCCGCGCCCCGUGGGUGAAUCCCCGCCGCGCGCCCGGGGGACCCUCCCUCCCGGGGAGGGGCGACCGCCAGCCCCCGCCGCCACCAUGCGCCCCCCUGCCCUGCAUGCGGCCCCCCUGCACCUAGACAGAGCCACCUCGGAGUCCCGGGGGCGGCGGGAGGUGGGGAGAAUGCCGCCUGGGGUGGGUAAGUUCGGGGCUCCGGUGCCGCUGGAAUUUCCCAUUGUCGAGCGCGCCGCGGCCCCCGGACCUGCGAGUGCCUCCUCCCUCCGGAGGUGUGCGGAGCCUUUGUGUGCCAGGUCCGAUCCGUACUGGGUGCAAUGAAAGCUCUACGCAGGCCUUACCAUGGAAGGCUGUGACUCGCCCGUCGUCUCGGGGAAGGACAAUGGGUGCGGUAUCCCUCAGCACCAGCAAUGGACUGAACUCAACAGCACCCACCUCCCCGACAAACCCAGUAGCAUGGAGCAGUCCACAAGCGAGAACCACGGGCCCCUGGACAGCCUGAGGGCCCCCUUCAAUGAGCGCCUCGCGGAGAGCUCCGCCUCGGCCGGCCCCACCGCCGAGCCCGCCGGCAAGGAGGUCAGCUGCAACGGGUGCUCGGCCUCCUUCGCCAGCCUGCAGACCUACAUGGAGCACCACUGUCCCAGCGCGCGCCCCCCGCUGCCCCUGAGGGAGGAGAGCGGGAGCGACACCAGUGAGGAGGGGGACGAGGAGAGUGAUGUGGAGAACCUGGCUGGGGAGAUAGUCUACCAGCCCGACGGCUCGGCCUACAUUGUCGAGAGCCUGAGCCAGCUGACCCAAAGCGGGGGCGCCUGUGGCAGCGGCAGUGGCCCCCCCCCCUCGCUCUUCCUGAACUCUCUCCCCGGGGCGGGGGGCAAACAAGGGGACCCUUCUUGUGCUGCACCAGUCUACCCACAGAUCAUCAACACUUUCCACAUAGCCUCAUCCUUCGGGAAAUGGUUUGAGGGCCCAGACCAGGCUUUCCCGAAUACCUCAGCCCUGACGGGGCUCAGCCCCGUCCUGCACAGCUUCCGCGUGUUUGACGUGCGACACAAAAGCAACAAGGAUUACCUGAACAGCGACGGCUCCGCCAAAAGCUCCUGCGUAUCCAAAGAUGUUCCCAACAACGUGGACCUGUCCAAAUUCGAUGGCUUUGUGCUCUACGGCAAGAGGAAGCCCAUCCUGAUGUGCUUCCUGUGCAAACUCUCCUUCGGGUACGUCCGUUCGUUUGUGACCCACGCGGUGCACGACCAUCGAAUGACCCUGAGUGAAGACGAGCGGAAAAUUCUUAGCAAUAAGAACAUCUCCGCUAUCAUCCAAGGGAUUGGCAAAGACAAGGAACCCCUUGUGAGUUUUUUGGAACCAAAAAACAAAAACUUUCAACACCCUUUAGUUUCUACGGCUAACCUCAUAGGCCCCGGACACAGUUUUUAUGGGAAAUUUAGUGGCAUUCGGAUGGAAGGGGAGGAGGCUCUCCCAGCCGGCUCUGCUGCCGGCCCCGAGCAGCCCCAGGCUGGUAUCUUGACCCCCAGCACCCUCUUGAACCUUGGCGGGCUCACCAGCUCGGUCCUGAAGACCCCCAUUACCUCAGUCCCCCUGGGGCCUCUGGCCUCCAGUCCUACCAAAUCCUCAGAGGGCAAGGACUCUGGGGCAGCAGAAGGAGAGAAGCAAGAAGUAGGCGAUCCGGAUUGUUUCUCCGAGAAAGCAGAGCCAGCCGAGGAGGAGGCAGAGGAGGAAGAGGAGGAAGAAGAGGCAGAGGAGGAGGAGGAAGAAGAAGAGGAGGAAGAAGAGGAGGAGGAAGACGAGGGUUGCAAAGGACUCUUUCCAAGCGAGUUGGACGACGAACUGGAGGACAGGCCCCACGAGGAGGCUGGGGCCGUGGCAGGUAGCAGCAGCAAAAAGGACCUUGCUCUCUCAAACCAAAGCAUUUCUAACUCCCCCUUAAUGCCUAAUGUGCUCCAGACCCUGUCGAGGGGCACAGCUUCUACUAGUUCUAAUUCUGCUUCUUCCUUUGUUGUCUUUGAUGGUGCGAACAGGAGGAAUCGUUUAAGCUUUAACAGUGAGGGCGUCAGGGCCAAUGUGGCAGAGGGCGGCAGGAGGCUGGACUUUGCUGACGAAAGUGCCAAUAAAGACAAUGCCACAGCACCAGAACCAAAUGAAAGCACAGAGGGCGACGAUGGGGGCUUUGUCCCCCAUCACCAGCACGCUGGCUCCCUCUGCGAGCUUGGGGUUGGGGAAUGCCCCUCGGGGAGCGGCGUGGAGUGCCCCAAAUGCGACACGGUCCUGGGCUCCUCCCGCUCGCUGGGCGGCCACAUGACCAUGAUGCAUUCUCGUAACUCAUGUAAGACACUUAAGUGCCCCAAGUGCAACUGGCACUACAAGUACCAGCAGACACUGGAGGCUCACAUGAAGGAGAAGCACCCGGAACCGGGGGGCUCCUGUGUCUACUGCAAAAGCGGGCAGCCCCACCCUCGGUUGGCACGAGGUGAGAGCUACACGUGUGGUUACAAGCCUUUCCGCUGUGAGGUGUGUAACUACUCCACAACUACCAAAGGCAACCUCAGUAUUCAUAUGCAGUCCGACAAGCAUCUCAACAACAUGCAGAACCUGCAGAACGGAGGGGGGGAGCAGGUGUUCAGCCACUCGGCCGGGGCGGCGGCAGCGGCGGCGGCGGCCGCGGCCGCAGCGGCCAACAUUGGCAGCUCCUGUGGGGCCCCCUCGCCCACCAAACCAAAAACCAAACCCACCUGGCGGUGCGAGGUGUGUGAUUACGAGACCAACGUGGCCAGGAACCUGCGCAUCCACAUGACCAGCGAGAAGCACAUGCAUAACAUGAUGCUGCUGCAGCAGAACAUGUCCCAGAUUCAACACAACCGCCACCUGGGCCUCGGCAGCCUGCCCUCGCCUGCCGAGGCCGAGCUUUACCAGUACUACCUGGCCCAGAACAUGAACCUGCCCAACCUGAAGAUGGACAACACUGCCUCGGACGCCCAGUUCAUGAUGAGUGGAUUCCAGCUGGAUCCCGCCGGGCCCAUGGCCGCCAUGACGCCUGCUCUAGUGGGCGGUGAGAUCCCCCUAGACAUGCGCCUCGGGGGCGGGCAACUGGUGUCGGAGGAGCUGAUGAACCUGGGCGAGAGUUUCAUCCAGACCAACGACCCGUCUCUGAAGCUCUUCCAGUGUGCCGUGUGCAACAAGUUCACCACGGACAACCUGGACAUGCUGGGGCUGCACAUGAACGUGGAGCGCAGCCUCCCGGAAGACGAGUGGAAGGCCGUGAUGGGGGACUCGUACCAGUGCAAACUCUGCCGCUACAACACCCAGCUCAAGGCCAACUUCCAGCUGCACUGUAAGACCGACAAGCAUGUGCAGAAGUACCAGCUGGUGGCCCACAUCAAGGAGGGUGGCAAAGCCAAUGAGUGGCGGCUCAAGUGUGUGGCCAUCGGCAACCCUGUCCACCUCAAGUGCAACGCGUGUGACUACUACACCAACAGCCUGGAGAAGCUGCGGCUGCACACGGUCAACUCCAGACACGAGGCCAGCCUGAAGCUGUACAAGCACCUGCAGCAGCACGAGAGCGGAGUGGAGGGCGAAAGUUGCUAUUACCACUGCGUCCUGUGCAACUACUCCACCAAGGCCAAGCUGAACCUCAUCCAGCACGUGCGCUCCAUGAAGCACCAGCGCAGCGAGAGCCUGCGCAAGCUGCAGCGGCUGCAGAAGGGCCUUCCCGAGGAGGACGAGGACCUGGGGCAGAUCUUCACCAUCCGCAGGUGCCCCUCCACCGAUCCUGAAGAAGCCAUUGAAGAUGUUGAAGGGCCCAGUGAAGCGCCUGCUGACCCAGAGGAGCUUGCUAAAGACCAGGAGAGUGGAGGCGAGAAAGACCAGAGCAAGUGGACAGCAUCGUCCAGCCAAGCAGAGAAGGAGCUGACAGAUUCUCCCGCGACCUCCAAACGCAUCUCCUUCACAGGUAGCUCAGAAUCUCCUCUUUCUUCAAAGCGACCUAAAACAACAGAGGAGACCAAAUCAGAGCAGAUGUACCAGUGUCCCUACUGCAAGUACAGCAAUGCCGACGUCAACCGCCUCCGGGUGCACGCCAUGACGCAGCACUCCGUGCAGCCCAUGCUGCGUUGCCCCCUGUGCCAGGACAUGCUCAACAACAAGAUCCACCUCCAGCUGCACCUCACCCACCUCCACAGCGUGGCACCUGACUGCGUGGAGAAACUCAUUAUGACGGUGACCACCCCUGAGAUGGUGAUGCCCAGCAGCAUGUUCCUCCCAGCAGCUGUUCCAGAUCGAGACGGGAACUCCAAUCUGGAGGAGGCAGGAAAGCAGCCUGAAACCUCAGAGGAUUUGGGAAAGAACAUCUUGCCCUCUGUAAGCACAGAGCACAGUGGAGAUUUGAAACCUUCUCCUGCUGACCCAGGGACUGUGAGAGAAGAUUCAGGCUUCCUGUGCUGGAAGAAGGGGUGCAACCAGGUUUUCAAAACUUCUGCCACUCUUCAGACCCACUUCAAUGAGGUUCAUGCCAAGCGGCCUCAGCUGCCUGUGUCAGAUCGCCAUGUGUACAAGUAUCGCUGUAAUCAAUGCAGCCUGGCUUUCAAGACCAUUGAAAAGCUCCAGCUCCAUUCUCAGUACCACGUGAUCAGAGCUGCCACCAUGUGCUGUCUUUGUCAGCGCAGUUUCCGAACUUUCCAGGCUCUGAAAAAACACCUUGAGACAAGCCACCUGGAGUUGAGUGAGGCCGACAUCCAACAGCUUUAUGGUGGCCUUCUGGCCAACGGGGACCUCCUGGCAAUGGGAGACCCUACCCUGGCCGAGGACCACACCAUAAUUGUUGAGGAAGACAAGGAGGAAGAGAGUGAUUUGGAAGAUAAACAGAGCCCAACAGGCAGUGACUCUGGGUCGGUACAAGAAGACUCAGGCUCAGAGCCAAAGAGAGCUCUACCUUUCAGGAAAGGCCCCAACUUCACCAUGGAAAAAUUUCUAGACCCCUCUCGCCCUUACAAGUGUACCGUCUGCAAGGAAUCCUUCACUCAAAAAAAUAUCCUGUUAGUGCACUACAAUUCUGUCUCCCACCUGCAUAAGUUAAAGAGAGCCCUUCAAGAGUCGGCAACUGGUCAGCCCGAACCCACCAGCAGCCCAGACAACAAACCUUUCAAGUGUAACACUUGUAAUGUGGCCUAUAGCCAGAGUUCCACUUUGGAGAUCCACAUGAGGUCUGUGUUGCAUCAAACUAAGGCCCGAGCAGCCAAGUUGGAGGCUGCAAGUGGCAAUAGCAAUGGGACUGGGAAUAGCAGCAGUGUCUCCCUGAGCUCCUCCACCCCAAGUCCUGUGAGCACCAGUGGCAGUAACACCUUUACCACCACCAAUCCAAGCAGUGCUGGCAUCGCUCCGAGCUCCAACUUACUGAGCCAAGUGCCCGCUGAAAGCGUAGGGAUGCCGCCCCUGGGGAAUCCCAUCGGUGCCAAUAUCACUUCCCCUUCAGAGCCCAAGGAGGCGAAUCGGAAGAAGCUAGCAGAUAUGAUUGCAUCCAGGCAGCAGCAACAGCAGCAGCAGCAACAACAAGCACAGACACUGGCCCAGGCCCAGGCUCAAGUUCAAGCUCACUUGCAGCAGGAGCUGCAGCAGCAGGCUGCCCUGAUCCAGUCUCAGCUGUUCAACCCCACCCUCCUUCCUCACUUCCCCAUGACCACAGAGACCCUGCUGCAGCUCCAGCAGCAGCAGCAUCUCCUCUUCCCCUUCUACAUCCCCAGUGCAGAGUUCCAGCUCAACCCUGAGGUGAGCUUGCCAGUGACCAGCGGGGCACUGACGCUGACGGGGACGGGCCCGGGCCUGCUGGAUGAUCUGAAGGCUCAGGUUCAGAUCCCACCGCAGAGCCACCAGCAGAUCCUACAGCAGCAGCAGCAAAGCCAGUUGUCUCUGUCCCAGAGUCACUCGGCCCUUCUGCAGCCAAGCCAGCACCCCGAAAAGAAAAACAAACUGAUGGUCAAAGAAAAGGAAAAAGAAAGCCAGAGAGAGAGGGACAGUGCUGAGGUGGGAGAGGGCAACCCAGCACCCAAGGAAUCGCUGCCGGAUGCCUUGAAGGCUAAAGAGAAGAAAGAGUUGGCACCGGCAGGUAGUUCCGAGCCUUCCAUGCUCCCUCCGCGCAUCGCCUCAGAUGCGAGAGGGAACGCCACCAAGGCCUUACUGGAGAACUUUGGCUUUGAGCUGGUCAUUCAGUACAACGAGAACAAACAGAAGGUGCAGAAGAAGAAUGGGAAGACUGAGCAGGGAGAGAACCUGGAAAAGCUGGAGUGUGACUCCUGUGGCAAGUUGUUUUCUAACAUCUUGAUUUUAAAGAGUCAUCAAGAGCACGUUCACCAAAACUACUUUCCCUUUAAACAGUUAGAGAGAUUUGCUAAACAGUACCGAGAGCACUACGAUAAACUGUACCCCCUGAGGCCCCAGACCCCGGAGCCCCCACCACCACCUCCCCCACCCCCUCCUCCACCCCCACUUCCCGCAGCACCGCCUCAGCCAGCUUCCACGCCAGCCAUCCCUGCAUCGGCCCCGCCCAUCACUUCACCGACGAUCGCACCGACCCAGCCAUCUGUGCCACUCACCCAGCUCUCUAUGCCCAUGGAGCUGCCCAUCUUCUCCCCGCUGAUGAUGCAGACGAUGCCACUGCAGACCUUGCCGGCUCAGCUUCCCCCUCAACUUGGACCUGUGGAGCCUCUGCCUGCGGACCUGGCCCAGCUGUACCAGCAUCAGCUCAAUCCAAGCCUGCUCCAGCAACAGAACAAGAGGCCUCGCACCAGAAUCACAGAUGACCAGCUCCGGGUCCUGCGACAGUAUUUUGACAUUAACAACUCCCCCAGUGAAGAGCAGAUCAAAGAAAUGGCAGACAAGUCUGGGUUGCCCCAGAAGGUGAUCAAGCACUGGUUCAGAAACACCCUCUUCAAAGAGCGGCAGCGUAACAAGGAUUCCCCUUACAACUUUAGCAAUCCUCCUAUCACCAGCCUGGAGGAGCUCAAGAUUGACUCCCGGCCCCCUUCUCCGGAACCGCAGAAGCAGGAGUACUGGGGAAGCAAGAGGUCUUCAAGAACAAGGUUUACAGAUUACCAACUGAGAGUCCUACAGGAUUUCUUUGAUGCCAAUGCUUACCCAAAGGAUGAUGAAUUUGAGCAACUCUCUAAUUUACUGAACCUUCCAACCCGAGUCAUAGUGGUGUGGUUUCAAAAUGCCCGACAGAAGGCCAGGAAAAAUUAUGAGAAUCAGGGGGAGGGCAAAGAUGGAGAGCGGCGCGAGCUUACAAACGAUAGGUAUAUUCGAACAAGCAACUUGAACUACCAGUGCAAAAAAUGUAGCCUGGUGUUUCAGCGCAUCUUUGAUCUCAUCAAGCAUCAGAAGAAGCUGUGUUACAAAGAUGAGGAUGAGGAGGGGCAGGAUGACAGCCAAAAUGAGGAUUCCAUGGAUGCCAUGGAAAUCCUGACACCCACCAGCUCCUCCUGCAGCACCCCAAUGCCCUCACAGGCAUACAGCGCCCCAGCAUCAUCGGCCAACACAGCUUCCUCUGCUUUCUUACAGCUCACGGCAGAGGCUGACGAACUGGCCACUUUUAGUUCCAAAACAGAGGCGAGUGAUGAGAAACCAAAGCAGGCUGAACCUCCCAGUGCACAGCCAAACCAAACCCAAGAAAAGCAAGGACAACCAAAGGCAGAGCUGCAGCAGCAAGACCAGCCUGAGCAGAAGACAAACACAGCCCAGCAAAAGCUCCCACAGCUCACUUCCCCUGCUGCGUUGCCACAGCCUCCUCCACAAGCACCCCCACCUCAGUGCCCCUUACCCCAGUCAAGCCCCAGUCCUUCCCAGCUCUCCCACCUGCCCCUCAAGCCCCUCCACACGUCGACUCCUCAACAGUUGGCAAACCUACCUCCUCAGCUAAUCCCCUACCAGUGUGACCAAUGUAAGUUGGCAUUUCCAUCGUUUGAGCACUGGCAGGAGCAUCAGCAGCUUCAUUUUCUGAGUGCACAGAAUCAGUUCAUCCACCCCCAGUUUUUGGACAGGUCACUGGAUAUGCCUUUCAUGCUGUUUGACCCUAGUAACCCACUCCUGGCAAGCCAGCUGCUCUCUGGGGCCAUACCUCAGAUUCCAGCCAGCUCGGCCACUUCUCCUUCAACUCCGACCUCCACAAUGAACACUCUGAAGAGGAAGCUGGAGGAAAAGGCCAGUGCAAGCCCUGGAGAAAAUGACAGUGGGACAGGAGGAGAAGAACCUCAGAGAGACAAGCGUUUGAGGACAACUAUUACACCAGAACAGCUAGAAAUACUGUACCAAAAGUAUCUAUUAGACUCCAAUCCAACUCGAAAGAUGUUGGAUCACAUUGCGCAUGAGGUGGGCUUAAAGAAACGUGUGGUACAAGUCUGGUUUCAGAAUACCCGAGCCCGGGAACGGAAAGGACAGUUCCGGGCUGUGGGCCCAGCCCAGGCCCAUAGGAGAUGCCCCUUUUGCAGAGCACUCUUCAAAGCCAAGACUGCCCUUGAGGCUCAUAUCCGGUCCCGUCACUGGCAUGAAGCCAAGAGAGCUGGCUACAACCUUACUCUGUCUGCAAUGCUCCUAGACUGUGAUGGGGGACUUCAGAUGAAAGGAGAUAUUUUUGAUGGAACCAGCUUUUCCCACCUACCCCCAAGCAGUAGUGAUGGCCAAGGUGUGCCCCUCUCACCUGUGAGUAAAACCAUGGAGUUGUCUCCCAGAACUCUUCUUAGCCCUUCUUCCAUCAAGGUGGAAGGGAUUGAAGACUUUGAAAGCCCCUCCAUGUCCUCAGUUAAUCUAAACUUUGACCAAACCAAGCUGGACAAUGACGACUGUUCCUCUGUCAACACAGCAAUCACAGAUACCACUACAGGAGACGAGGGCAAUGCAGAUAAUGACAGUGCAACGGGAAUAGCAACUGAAACCAAAUCCUCCUCUGCACCCAAUGAAGGGUUGACCAAAGCGGCCAUGAUGGCAAUGUCUGAAUAUGAAGAUCGGUUGUCAUCGGGUCUGGUCAGUCCAGCCCCAAGCUUUUACAGCAAGGAAUAUGACAAUGAAGGUACAGUGGACUACAGUGAAACCUCAAGCCUUGCAGACCCCUGCUCCCCGAGUCCUGGUGCAAGUGGGUCAGCAGGCAAAUCUGGAGACAGUGGGGAUCGGCCAGGGCAGAAACGUUUUCGCACUCAGAUGACCAAUCUGCAGCUCAAAGUCCUCAAGUCAUGCUUUAAUGACUACAGGACACCCACCAUGCUAGAGUGUGAGGUCCUGGGCAAUGAUAUUGGACUGCCAAAGAGAGUUGUUCAGGUCUGGUUCCAGAAUGCCCGGGCAAAAGAAAAGAAGUCCAAGUUAAGCAUGGCCAAGCAUUUUGGUAUAAACCAAACAAGUUACGAGGGACCGAAAACAGAGUGCACUUUGUGUGGCAUCAAGUACAGCGCUAGGCUGUCUGUACGUGACCAUAUCUUUUCCCAACAGCAUAUCUCCAAAGUUAAAGACACCAUUGGAAGCCAGUUGGACAAGGAGAAAGAAUACUUUGACCCAGCCACUGUACGUCAGUUGAUGGCUCAACAAGAGUUGGACCGGAUUAAAAAGGCCAAUGAGGUCCUCGGACUGGCAGCUCAGCAGCAAGGGAUGUUUGACAAUGCCCCUCUUCAGGCUCUCAACCUUCCUACAGCAUAUCCCACGCUCCAGGGCAUUCCUCCUGUGUUGCUCCCCAGCCUCAACAGCCCCUCUUUGCCGGGCUUUACUCCAUCCAACACAGCUUUAACGUCUCCUAAACCGAACUUGAUGGGUCUGCCCAGCACAACAGUUCCUUCCCCUGGCCUCCCCACAUCUGGAUUACCAAAUAAACCGUCCUCAGCAUCGCUGAGCUCCCCGACCCCAGCACAAGCCACCAUGGCAAUGGCCCCUCAGCAACCCCCCCAACCCCAGCAGCAGCUACAGGUGCAGCCGCCGCCGCCCGCAGCCCAGCCACCACCUGCACCACAGCUCCCACCCCAACAGCAGCAACAGCAGCGCAAGGACAAAGACAGUGAGAAGGUCAAGGAGAAGGAAAAGGCACACAAAGGGAAAGGGGAGCCCCUCCCUGUCCCCAAGAAGGAGAAAGGAGAGGCACCCACAGCGGCCACAGCCACGAUCUCAGCCCCGCUGCCCGCCAUGGAGUAUGCAGUGGACCCUGCGCAGCUGCAGGCCCUGCAGGCAGCCUUGACUUCGGACCCCACAGCGUUGCUCACGAGCCAGUUCCUUCCUUACUUUGUACCAGGCUUCUCUCCUUACUAUGCCCCCCAGAUCCCCGGCGCCCUGCAGAGCGGGUACCUGCAGCCUAUGUAUGGCAUGGAAGGCCUGUUCCCCUACAGCCCUGCACUGUCGCAGGCCCUGAUGGGGCUGUCCCCGGGCUCCCUACUGCAGCAGUACCAGCAAUACCAGCAGAGUCUGCAGGAGGCGAUCCAGCAGCAGCAGCAGCGGCAACUGCAGCAGCAGCAGCAAAAAGUGCAGCAGCAGCCCAAAGCAAGCCAAACCCCAGUCCCCCAGGGGGCUGCUUCCCCAGACAAAGACCCUGCCAAAGAAUCCCCCAAACCAGAAGAGCAGAAAAACGCACCCCGUGAGGUGUCCCCCCUCCUGCCGAAACCCCCCGAAGAGCCAGAAGCAGAAAGCAAAAGUGCGGACUCCCUCUAUGACCCCUUCAUUGUUCCAAAGGUGCAGUACAAGUUGGUCUGCCGCAAGUGCCAGGCGGGCUUCGGUGACGAGGAGGCGGCAAGGAGUCACCUGAAGUCCCUCUGCUUCUUCGGCCAGUCUGUGGUGAACCUGCAAGAGAUGGUGCUUCACGUCCCCACGGGCGGCGGCGGCAGUGGCGGCGGCAGCGGUGGCGGCGGUGGCGGCGGCGGCUCGUACCACUGCCUGGCGUGCGAGAGCGCGCUCUGUGGGGAGGAAGCUCUGAGUCAACAUCUCGAGUCGGCCUUGCACAAACACAGAACAAUCACGAGAGCAGCAAGAAACGCCAAAGAGCACCCUAGUUUAUUACCUCACUCUGCCUGCUUCCCCGAUCCUAGCACCGCAUCUACCUCGCAGUCUGCCGCUCACUCAAACGACAGCCCCCCUCCCCCGUCGGCCGCCGCCCCCUCCUCGUCCUCCGCUUCCCCCCACGCCUCCAGGAAGUCUUGGCCGCAAGUGGUCUCCCGGGCUUCGGCCGCGAAGCCCCCUUCUUUUCCUCCUCUUUCCUCAUCUUCAACGGUUACCUCAAGUUCAUGCAGCACCUCAGGGGUUCAGCCCUCGAUGCCAACAGACGACUAUUCGGAGGAGUCUGACACGGAUCUCAGCCAAAAGUCCGACGGACCGGCGAGCCCGGUGGAGGGUCCCAAAGACCCCAGCUGCCCCAAGGACAGUGGUCUGACCAGUGUAGGAACGGACACCUUCAGAUUGUAAGCUUUGAAGAUGAACAAUAACAAACAAAUGAAUUUAAAUAAAAAAGAUUAAUAACAAACCAAUUUCAAAAAUAGACUAACUGCAAUUCCAAAGCUUCUAACCAAAAAAAAAAAAAAAAAAAAAAAA